GGAGGAGGAGAGCGGUGGCUCUCUCGAGCGUUGGAGACUUGAAGAGUGGGUUGAUUUCGGCCAAAGGGUUUAUCUCGGCGUUUGAGCCUUGUGAGGAGUUCUACAACAGUUCGAGAAAUGGGUUCUUGUCUGGAAAUGGAAGCGGAGAGGGUAGCCGGAGGCAGCGGAGGGAUGCUCGGUCUCGUCCUAAUUCAGGCAACGCUAUGGCAGUAGCAGUUCAACCUACGGAGGAGAUUAUAGAAAGGAAUAGAAAACAUACGAAAGGGAGAAGAGUUGUUGUUACAGGGAUGGGUGUUGUGACUCCGCUUGGCCAUGAUCCUGACAUCUUCUACAAUAAUCUUCUCAAGGGUGCCAGUGGCAUAAGUGAAAUAGAAACCUUUGACUGUGCUGCCUAUCCAACAAGAAUUGCAGGGGAGAUCAAAUCUUUCUCAACAGAUGGAUGGGUAGCUCCUAAACUAUCCAAGCGGAUGGAUAAGUUCAUGCUUUAUUUGCUUACUGCUGGCAAGAAAGCAUUGGAAAAUGGUGGGAUGUCAGAAGAUAUUAUGAGUCAGAUGGACAAGACGAAAUGUGGAGUUCUUAUUGGUUCUGCAAUGGGCGGGAUGCAGGUGUUCAAUGAUGCGAUUGAAGCUUUGAGGGUCUCAUAUAGGAAAAUGAAUCCAUUUUGUGUUCCAUUUGCAACCACAAAUAUGGGUUCUGCAAUGCUGGCAAUGGAUCUGGGUUGGAUGGGACCAAAUUAUUCAAUUUCAACUGCUUGUGCUACGAGCAACUUCUGUAUUCUGAAUGCUGCAAACCAUAUAAUUAGAGGGGAAGCAGAUGUGAUGCUUUGUGGUGGUUCGGAUGCAGUAAUUAUUCCCAUUGGACUGGGAGGAUUUGUUGCAUGCAGAGCGCUCUCACAAAGAAACAGCGAUCCGAGCAAAGCUUCAAGGCCCUGGGACAUUGAGCGUGAUGGAUUUGUUAUGGGAGAAGGGGCAGGUGUGCUGCUGUUAGAAGAGCUAGAGCAUGCUAAGCAAAGAGGAGCCAAUAUCUUGGCCGAGUUUCUUGGAGGAAGCUUCACUUGUGAUGCUUACCACAUGACUGAGCCACAUCCUGAGGGAACAGGAAUUGCUUUGUGCAUCGAGAAAGCAUUGUCACAAUCAGGAGUGGCCAGAGAGGAUGUCAAUUACAUAAAUGCUCAUGCAACCUCCACACCAGCUGGUGACCUCAAAGAGUAUCAGGCUCUCAUUCGUUGUUUUGGUCAGAAUCCUGAGUUGAGAGUGAACUCUACGAAGUCCAUGAUUGGUCACCUACUAGGAGCUGCUGGUGCAGUGGAAGCUGUUGCUGUUGUUCAGGCAAUUCGAAUGGGGUGGAUCCAUCCAAACAUUAAUCUGGAAAACCCAGAGAAGGAUGUGGAUAUGAAAGUUUUGGUGGGCUCAAAGAAGGAAAGAUUGGAUGUGAAGGUGGCACUGUCAAACUCCUUUGGCUUUGGUGGCCACAACUCAUCCAUUCUCUUUGCUCCUUACAAGUAGACGUUGCAAUAUAACUGCUGGCCUUCAAAUAUGGGACUGUGCCAUUGUCUGUUUCAUGAUCUCUUCAAUAUGAUGGCAUGUAGUCAUUUGCGUUGACGUACUUUCUCAAUGUUCAGAGGAUGGAAGUGUUGAGAAGAAACAAAUUUUGCGCUCUAUCCUUUUGUUCUGUAUAGAAACUUGUUCAUAUUUCCUGUUCUAUUUCGCCCCUUGUAAUCUCUAAAACUGAACCUGUUGUAGUAGUUUUUGGAACAAUGUAGAGCAAAACGUUUUAUAGUUUUGGUUAAGGGGGCAAUAUGUUUCAUGUUGGCAGGAGAUAUUAUAGAUAUUUUGUUUAGUCUUAUUGGUGUGAAACAUGCUCCACUAAGAUUUUGUC